AAAAUUGUUGCGUCAAAUUUAAGUUCACACUUUAACAAAUCGCCGCCUCCCAAGUCGGAGGAGGGUGGUUCCCUUCUCCUUCAACUAUCUCCUCCUCCUGAUUCUGAUCGACUUUUCUUAUUUCUCCAAUUCAACCCUAAGGUAUAUAUAUAUUUACCCAUCACAUGUUUUUGCUAUAAAUUCAAAACCCCAAACUUGCUCAACUAGGGUAGUGUCAUCUAUCUAUCACUAUUAGGGUUCAUAUUCGUGUUCAUCAGUGUUGCAAUUCUUCAAUUAUUUAUUUGUGCUCAUCAACUAUCAUUAUAAAUUAUUUAUCCUUUUUGUAAAAGUUAUGAUGAAAGAAAAUACCAAUGGAAAAUGCGGCUCUUCUUCUCGUAAAUCCAUGAAAGAGAAGGAGAAAUAUCUCGUGGAUAAGAUUCAAGGAAUUUUCACCAAUCUUCAGUCUGCGAGACAGGAAAGCAGGGCUAAUGACAUUGUGAUAUUUGAGGAGCAGAUGCAUCAGUUGCUUCGAGAGUGGAAGGCGGAAUUGGAGUCUCCAGCCACUUCCUUAGCUGAUGGGAGCCUUGGUUCCUUUACCGGGGAUCUAGCCCAACUGUUGCAAGCGAUUGAGGAGAAAGAUGAUGCAACAAGUCCAUUAACAAACCCUGGGCCAUUGAAGACUGAUCUCCAUCAAAAUAACAUUAGUGAUAACAAUUAUCCGUAUUUUCAAGAGAAAUGUUUUGAUAAUAACCAGCCACUAAAUCAUACUUUCGAUGGCUCUGCUUCAACUAUAUUCAACAAUGCUUUAAAUAGCUCAGACAUGACUCAGUUGGAUUUUCAUCCAUUCGGUUUAAAUGAAGAUAUGAGUCACAACACUGUAGGUCACAACUCUGAUUUGAUUGGUCAGUUUGAUUUGUAUCAGGACCACAACCUCGGGCACAACACAGACAUAAAAAACUCAGAGUCAGGUCAAUUUAGUUUUGAAGAAGGCUUUGAUUGUAGCCAAUUUUUCGUGGAUAGUGACACCACACAAUUUGGAGACAAUCUUACACCUAACAUUCUUCCAAAUAUCCGCCCUCCACCUUCAGCUUUUCUAGCCCCAAAAUGUGCACUGUGGGACUGUUUCAGACCUGCUCAAGGGUUAGAACGGUGCCUGGACUACUGUAGUACUAAUCAUGAGCUUUUAGCAAAUAGUGAGGGUCUCCCUGGCAUGACUCCCAUUUUGCGACCUGGUGGCAUUGAUAUAAAAGACGGUCCUCUGUUUGCUGCUGUUCUUGCAAAGACACUGGGAAAAGAAGUGGGCAUACCUAAGUGUGAAGGCGCUGCUUCAACCAAAGCCCCCUGGAAUGCUUCAGAGUUCUUUGACCUUUCUUUUCUUGAGGGUGAAACUAUUAGGGAGUGGCUGUUCUUUGACAAGCCUAGAAGGGCGUUCGACAGUGGAACUAGGAAACAGAGAUCACUCCCUGAUUACAGUGGGCGCGGUUGGCAUGAAUCAAGGAAGCAAGUGAUGAAGGAACAUGGGGGACACAAGAGAUCCUAUUACAUGGAUCCCCAGCCUCUUAGUUAUCUUGAGUGGCAUUUGUACGAGUACGAGAUCAAUAACCAGGAUGGUUGUGCAUUAUACAGACUAGAGUUAAAGCUUGUAGAUAAAAAGAAAAGUCCUAAAGGAAAAGUGACUAAGGAAUCUCUAAAUGACUUACAAAACAAGAUGGGAAAGCUAACAGCUGCCGUUCCAUCGCCAGACAGCGGAAAAUCUGUCAAGGGGAAAUCUGAGGCCAAGUCUGAGAAUAUUGGCCUGCCUGAAAAUUAAAAUUUCCGGAUCGGGAUGAUUUUGUUUUUGCAAAAUGACUGACCAACUUGUACAUAUUUGAGGGUGGGCUUCAUCUUGUGGUGGCAGGUGUUCAUAUUAUUGUAUGCCGAUUCAAAGCUAGAAUUUGUAGUUUUUGAUUUUUACAGUUAAAUUUAUUACUCAAUUAACUUUGAUGUGAACUUAGCCGAACAUAAGUCAUUUAUUUUAAAUUUAUGUUUGACCAAAA